AUGAAAAUUGGCUUAACUAUAUUCUGCAUAAUUUUAUACGCAUCUGCUUCAUCAUGUGGUAUAUUAUGAUUUCUAAUUAAAGUUUCCUAAGUGUAAUACUACGAUAUAUUUGCAUCUGAAAAUGAGACUUAAGAAUGGGACAUGAACGCCGUAUUUUUUACAGGAGAGGGUUUAAAGUUUAACAUUACUCAAGAAAGCAAUUUUUUUGAAGUUUUAAAUCCUUUACAUCAACUUGGCUCAUCAAAAAAUGCAUUAGGUAUGAAAUUAUUUUAAAUUGAUUAGAGGUGAAGAUUCUUUCUCUAAAACCCUUACAUUAAAACGAUAAUGGAGGUUGGGCUAACGCUUUUGCAGCUUUGGGUCAGAACUAAACAUAUUUUCAAAUUUUAUAUUCCAAAGAGUAAUAGAAACUAUAAUUUUAGUGGUAUUUUAAAUCAAGUAAACGUUCCAAUUUUUAAUGAAUCCAUCAGAGUGAGAGAAAUUACAGAUAACUUUACAUGUUUUGAUUUGGAUUUCCUGUCAGAAACAAAAGUAAUUAUUGAUUGCACUUUGCCUUAUUCUGACCUAACAGAAACUCCUUUGAGUGGUUUCUUUAUAAUAGAUGUAGAAGAAGAGAGUUAUUUUGGAAUUGAAUUAUAUGAAGAUACAUAAGAUUACAAUGAUACAUAAUAUAGAAUACUAUAAUUCCAUAAGUCUACAUUUGAAAAUUAGAAUGAAGCACUCUUAUUAUUUAGGAGUGAACCCGCUUGGGGAACUGAAAAGGCAGUACAGAAUUUGAUUUUAGAGAAAGAUAGCAUAAUAAAUGUAUUUUCAUUUACAAGCAAAUUUACACUUUAGUAGCCAACUCCUGUUACAGUUUUAACAAAAACAAUUUUAGCAAAAUUAUUAGGAGUUGAUGAGGGUAAAUUUACUUUUUCAUUGGUCGAUUUAAUAAUAGAAGCUAAUGGUAGAAUAAAUGUUUUAGAUGCAUUUGAGGGUGUAUAUGUACUUGUUUUUAAGGAUAAAAGCUUAGAGUGGAAUUUAUACAAUGUUAUUACACCUGUCUAUAUAACUACUUGUUUUGGGUUUAAUAUUCAUAAUUCAAUUAAUAAGGAUGGGACUGUUACUAAGAGGAUGGUUCUCGUUUAUACAAAUAAACUGAUAUUGUUCGAAAAUGAAGUAGUAAAAUUUGGAAUAUAAAUACCUGUUAUAGAAUGGUACAAUACAUUUUAAAUUAAAUUGACUCAAAAUUAUAUUGUUCUUAAGAUCAGAAAAACAAUAUAUAUUUACAAAGUAGAAAAUGGAAAAAAGGUCAUUUCACAGGAGGAAGAUCUGGAUAAAAUAUUGGCUAAUCCCAAUUACGAAGAUAUUAUUGGCAUCAAUUCUUUAACUGCAAAACGAUUUUUCCUUAAUGAUGGUUUAUUAAGAUUGAAUAGACAGGAGAAAGCUACCUCUAAUAAUAAAAUUGUUACUCUUAGAGCUGAAACUAUAGAAUAGCCAUCAAAACAAUGCUCAUUGACAAUUAACUUAAAAGUUCUUAAGUAGAAUGACCCAUAAAUUCUUAACUUUAAUAAUAACCCAAUUAAUCCUAUUAUCACAAUUCCAUCUAAUCCAUUGCCUUUAGAAUAAAUUGCUUCAGGACCUAAUUUACAGUUUACGUCAAUAGAUUAAGUAGAGAAUGAAUUACAAGGCAAGAUAUCUUACACAAUUUAAUAGGUGAUGAAAUUAUCAAUAGAAAAUAUUCAUAUGCCGGAUCCUAAAGAUGUUAUUUACUCAGAUAUAUUGGUCAACGAAAAUGCAUCCCAAUUUUAUAUUUUGUUUUAAGUAUAGACUAAAAUAGUCUAUAUAUACACUUGCCAGCAAAAAUAUCCAACCUUGGAAGUCACAGAAUGCUAAAACUACAACACAUUUGCAUUUCCCUCUAUCAUAGAUCAAAAUGUGGGUCACUUUUCAUGGUUCACUUUUGCUAAUUAAUUAAUAAUUGUUCAUCAAAACUCAUAGUUUACAGUCAACAUAUAUUCAGUUAUCGAUGGGUAGAUCUCAAAUGUUUUUAGACUUAUGUUUGAUGAUACAAGUUUUUUAAAUAAGAUAUCAUCAGUAGCAAUAAUCAAUGAUAAUAUUUAUAUAGUCUAAUCUGGAUUAAAGAGAGUUUCAAUAUACUAAUUAUAUAUACCAUACAAAUUAUUGUUGAUAAUUGGUUCGAAUUAGAUACAAAGAUUUGAAAUUAAAGGAUCUUUUACUCCAAUAAAGGUUUUUGGAAAAAAAGGUAAUAAUUUGGUAUUUAUAUAAACCGAAACUUCUUUGCUGGUUGGAACCUUCUCAAACAAAUAUUCUCCUUCCUUUGAGAUAUACAAAGAAAUUUUAAUUUCAGCUGGAACAGAGUUAGGAGUAGCUAUUGGAGUUAACACCUUUUUUGUUGUAAAAUCUUUGAAAGGUGUGGAUCAAAUUGAAGAAUAUAAUUACUAACAUCUUUAAAACAUAUUUAAACUAAAAGACCUUCCAUUGUUCAAUUAUAAACUCUAAAAACCUUUAACUGUAGAUUAUUCAUUUCAAAAAGGAUGGCUAUAUUUAAGAGCGACUGAUGGGUUAUAAACAGUUAUAUUAGUUUAUGAGCCAAAUGUCUUAGUUCACAAUUCUUUAAAAAAAGUUAUAGAAACAAAAGGACUUGUAAAGGAUGGAUUGAGUUUUGACUUUGCUGUUGAUGGAGGAGAUUAAAUGUUUUUGUAUUACAAAAAUAAUACUCAACAUUAAUUUGUCUGCAUUUACUCAAAACCUUUCCUUAACUUCACUCCAAAAGCAGAUUAAGCGGAAUACGUUAAUAAUUAAAUUGUUGCAAUAUAGAUCGCUGGUUUUCCUGGUGUUACUCCUUUGACUCAAUAAUCUUUAAUGACUAUCCUCAACACCUAAAGCUAUUUAUUCAUUUAACAAUCCUUAUUUGAUAGUAAAAAGAAGAUAUUCCAGUUUGUUAAAUAAUCUGGAGUUUAAUAUAUAAAUAUGGGAACAGAUUGGUAUUCAGGUUAAGUUACAAAUUUUGAUAUAAAAUGCUCUUAAUGUACAGGAUCAUUUAAUAUAUUAUCUAAUAUUUACAAGGUUAGAGAUGGUUAAGACUAUGAUCAAGUUAUGGAUGGUGCAUCUUUUGGAUUAGCUGGAUAAGUAUACUAAACAAGAAACGCUUUGUGGUUUGAAGAUAUAAAUGGAAAAUUCAAGCUUAGAAUUUUAAUGAACUUGAAAAGUGAAAGCUGCAACUCUAUUUCUAUUUCAGCAGAUUAUAAUUUCAUCUUGUCAGCUUUUUAAAAUGCUAAAAAUGAGGCAGGUUUAUUUAUUCAUAAAUGUAAGUACUAAGAUGCUUGCUCUCAAUUUAGACAAGGUAUCUCAACUUUCAAAGGGUUGUAAAAGAUCUCAAAAACUUACAUGCCUGAUUCAAAAAAUAUCAUCAUUUUAAAUAGUCUUGAUAAUUAUUCUGUUUAGCAAAAUUUUAUAGUUGUGGCAAACUUGGAUGAUGAUGGCACUCAAUUCACCAUUUCUCAUAAGUAUGUUAUUAAUAACCAAUAUGUUGCAACAAGCUAAUUAUUCAUAGGUGAUUUUGACCUUAUCAAAUACAAAAUUAGUAACAAUGAAUAUUCUACCCUCCUAUUUACUGAUAUAAACAAUGGCAUCUAUUUUGCUCAUUUUACAUAUAAUGAUUAAGGAGAGUUACUUAAAACUUCCAAUGAAUUAUUUAAACUUAUCAAUUUCUCUGAUGAUUAAUUCUUUAUCAAUUAAGACACAAAGUUUUAAUAAGUGAAGGUUAUUUCAUCUUAAUUAAACGGAAGCAUUUUAUAACUUAAUGUGCUGGUUACCACUAAUAAUUAAGCUCAAUAUGUAUUUGCUUUUGACUUAGAUGCAUCAAGACCAGCAUUUGGGCUUCCUAUUAAAAAAUCAAGUACAUCCUUAUUAUAUGUUUUAACCCCUUAUGGAAAUUGGCCUGCUCUAAACAAAGUUACUUACAUAGAAGGUAACGCGGCAAUCCCUUACACAGAUGGAUACAAAGUAGUGAUUGGAAUUUAUCCUCUACCAAGUGGUCGACCAUCAUCUGCGAAAAUUAUAUCAUUUACGCAUUCUAUUUCAGCAAAUUAUCAUAAGCAAAUCACCAGUGAAGACUUUUUUAUGAUAUUCAACAAAAAUGCUGGAUCUAAUUAUGUAAUUUCUUUUCUUAAAUUUAGCCAUACUUAUCCGUUAAUAUUAAUUAAGAUGAUAGAUCUGAUGAAUAUCUUGUAGAUAUAUAUUAAAUAAGAGGUGAUCCUUAAAUCGUGUUAAGUAACUCCUCUAAUUAUCAAAAUGAACUUGUGAUUGAACUCUAUUUGAAAAAUAAUUUUAAUCAAGUAUAAGGUUAGGCAAUUUUACAAGCAAAGAGUUCAUUAGAUUAAAUAAAUCAGGUUGUAGAAGGUGUAAAUUUCUUGUCAUGA